AGUGGCUUCUGCCACGUUGAUUUGGGUUAUACUGUCAAUUUUAAGCUUUCCCCCUUAAAAACGUUCCGCUGCACAUUAGUAUAUGGAUUAGACGACGUGUCAGCGGAAAGACACUGGCAUACAAAGCAUACUACACUUUACAACAUCAUAUUCAAGACUAUUAAUUGCCUCCAGUGAUACCGUGACCAUGCGGGUGAAAGAGAUCGAGCGAACAGCCAAUGUGGGUUGGUCUCCAGCUUCUCAAUAUCCAAUCUACAUGGUGGCUGGCACUGCAGCUCAGCAGCUUGAUGCAACUUUCAGCACAUCAUCAUGUCUUGAGAUUUACAGUCUUAAUCUUGCAGAAGCAACUCUUGAAAUGCCACUGGUUGCAUCAAUACCUUCAGAGUGCAGAUUUCAUAAAGUUCUCUGGGGGUCAUUUGGGAGUGACAUUGAAAGAAGUGGCCUGCAGUCUGGAGUGGUUGUGGCUGGAGCAGAUGAUGGAACUGUGCUCAUGUAUGAUGCACAGAAGAUGAUAGCUGAAAACUCAGAGUGCUUGCUUGCACAGCUGAAGAAACAUGUAGGGGCUGUUAAAGCGCUGGACUUUAACCCUUUUCAGACCAACCUCUUGGCAUCAGGAGGAGCAGAGUCAGAAAUCUUUAUCUGGGAUCUGAACAAGCCAGACAGCCCUAUGACACCUGGCCAAAAGUCACAGCCACCUGAGGAGGUUGCCUGCGUGGCUUGGAACAGGCAGGUCCAGCAUAUCCUGGCCUCCAACUUUACAGGUCGCUGUGUUGUUUGGGAUCUUCGUAAAAAUGAGCCCAUCAUCAAAGUCAGCGACAGCAUGUCUCGGAUCAAGGCCAAGAUGGUUGCCUGGCAUCCAGAAGUUGCUACACAGAUGUGCUUGUCUUCGGAAGAUGACCACACCCCAGUUAUUCAGUUGUGGGAUCUCCGUUAUGCAACAUCACCUUUAAAGGUUUUAGAAAAUCACAAGAGAGGCAUCCUGUCUGUGGCAUGGUGUCAACGAGAUCCAGACCUUUUGCUGUCAUGUGGCAAAGACAACCGCAUCCUAUGCUGGAAUCCUAAUAGUAGUGUGCAGACAGGGGAGGUUGUUUAUGAGCUACCAACCAACAACCAGUGGAGUUUUGACGUUCAGUGGUGUCCCAGAAAUCCUGGUCUUAUUUCAAGCAGCACUUUUGAUGGCCAUGUCACUAUAUACUCUCUUAUGGGAGGGGGGCAUCCUAUACAACCCAGCAACAAGGUUGCAGAGUCCUUUAAUACAGGCGAUCCUUAUAGCCAGGUACCCGUGCAAGUUCCCCAUGUAGAAGAAAAAGUCAUGUCAUUACAGAAGCCUCCAAAAUGGGUCCGAAAACCAGUGGGAGCUUCUUUUGCUUUUGGGGGCAAACUGGUGACCUUCGAAUGUCCAGCUGCCGGCAAACCACUGCAGACAUCUCCUCAACGUAUUGUACACAUUAGCCAGGUGGUGACUGAGACAGAACUGGUGACACGCUCCAACCAGCUCCAGCAGGCUCUAUCAGCAGGCCAGUACUUGGAGUUCUGUGCCCUUAAAGCUUCCAACAGUGCCAGUGCUAUGGAAGAGAACAUCUGGAACUUCCUCAGGGUCAAUUUUGAGAAUGAACCACGAACAAAGUUCUUGCAGUUGCUGGGGUAUGACCAGACAGAGUUAGCAAAAAAGGUUGCAAACUAUACAGGAGCUGAUGGCAUCCAACCAUUGAGUCCAGGUGUUGAUGCCAAAGAAUUGGCUCAGAAGAUGUCACUUCUUGGCACAGGGGAUGCUUCCUGUGCAACUGGCUUGUCUGCAAGUGGCCAAGCUUCUCCAAGUGUGGGAUCAAAGACGCCAAACAGUCGAGAUGAGUUGUCUGAGGGUUCAGCAGCAUUUGACGAGAUUGCCAGUAGCCAUGGGAGAGAAUCUGGUCUGGAAACACCGCUGGUUAUCCCCACAGAAAAUGCUGGAGAAGCUAGCAGCCUCAUGGUGCAAGCCCUGCUGAUGGGAAACUUUGAGGCAGCUGUUGAGAUGUGUCUCCAGGAAAACAAGAUGGCCGAGGCUAUCCUUCUUGCCAUAGCUGGCGGGCCUGAGCUGCUACUGCGGACUCAGAAAAAAUAUUUUAAACGAAACAAGAGCAAUCUUGGCAGGCUGAUUUCAUCAAUUGUCACACAUGACUGGAGUCAUAUUGUAAACACAUGUGAUCUUGACAACUGGAAGGAAGCCCUUGCCCUCAUCCUGACCUACGCUUUGCCAGAAGAAUUUCCACAACUUUGUGAUGGUCUAGCUGCACGGCUAGAGACAGAGAGAAAUGGAGAUCUUGCUUUAUAUGCCAGUCUCUGCUAUAUUUGCUCUGGAAACCUGGAAAAACUGGUGGAAAACUGGGUGCAAAACACAGAAAACAGUAAUUCGCCUCUUGCCUUGCAGGACUUGGUUGAGAAAGUAAUGAUUUUGAAGAAAGCAGUGGAGGCUUCACGAGGCCAGACAGCAGAGUGUGGAGAUGCAUUAUCAGAACGUCUCAGCAUGUAUGCUGGAAUGCUAGCCUCUCAAGGCAACCUGGCAACUGCUGCUGUGUACCUGGGGAACAGUUCUAAUGAUAUGCGGCUGGCAGCAUUACAAGAUCGUUUAUUCCGUGCUCUUGGACCUGCAGCAUCAGUGGGUGUGACUGCACCACGGUUUCCAUUCCAGCUUGUUAACAUCCUUCCUCAGGGCACACGAGCUCAACCACAAACACAGCAACAGCAGGUGUCUCGUGCUGGGUUCCAGCGAAGUGGUUCAUCAUCUGGAGCAUCUCAACAAGUGCAGUCUGGCAGUUUCCAGACCACCACCACCACUUCCUCAUCAUACUAUGACCAGCAGCAGCAGCAGCAGCAACAUCAGUAUUCAGUGUUAAAUGGCCCGACAGCCACACACACGACAUUCUCUCAACAACCAGCUGUCAGCACAGGUUCUGUGUCUAGCAAAGGUCCUUUGGCUCAUAAAUACCCAUCUGCCAGCUACCAGCGUCAAGCUGCAGCCUAUGGAAUGGACUCUUUCCCUCAAGCUGGCCUCGUUCAGCCAGACUAUUCGCAGACUCAGGGCUACUCACAACAGAACUUUUACAGUGCAAAUUACUCCGUCUCACCAGCACAGACGUCGGGAAUUUACAACCCAGCAGCAUCAGAGCAGAUGUACAACCCUGCAUCCACACCAGGUGGACCAUAUGCUGGACCAUCUCUUCCUUCCCAAGCUCAGUUUGGAUCAUCAUCAUCAUCGUACCAAGACAAGAGGCCAGAAAGUGCAUGGAACGACCCUCCUGUUGUUGGGGAAUCCAAAAAAUCAAAACCUUUAAGUUAUGAACAACCAGCCCCAAUCACUUCUCCACUUUUCGGGGCGUCACAGCCAGUUGCCAGUGAACAGCCACCCCCAGGUGCACCCAUCAAUUACCCUAAUUAUGGCAAUCUUUACAACCCUCAAGAGCACCAGCCAUUGCCUCAGCAAAUUUCUGCCCCUUUCAACCCCCUUCCAGCCAACACCUACAUGCCACCACCUGUCCAGAUACAGCCACCCAAGCCGGCACCAGAGCCUCCAGCACCAGUGGAGAAGGGGCCAGUGCCUGCAGAACACAAAGUUUUGCAAGAGGUUUUGGAUAGCCUCUUGUCUUCUUGCAGUCAGAGGGCCACUAAUGCUCAAAUGAAGAGGAAACUUGAGGACGUUGCUCGUAAGCUGGAGAUUCUGUAUGACAAGCUGCGAGAGGGAGCUCUGUCCCAGUCUGUGCUACUUGGCUUACACCAGCUGGUCCAGUCUGUACAAGGGUGUGACUAUGGUAGCAGUCUGGGUGUACACACAAGUCUUGUCUCCCAUGGCAACUUCUCCGAGAUCAGCACCUUCAUGCCUGCACUGAAAGUUUUGUUACAGACUGCCAGCCAGCUGAAUGUAUAUGUACAGUAAUAUGCCUUCUUGUACCUGAUAUGUACAUAGGCCAUGCUAGUGUGUAGCAGUGUAACUCCAACACUGCUGUGUGCUCAUCUUAAUGAUGACUGCACUUACUGAAGAGCUGAAUAGAUACACUUCAGGAGACUUUUAAGGAAAAUAUGUAAUUUUGCAAUAGACAUAACCAUGAACAGAGAUUUUGCAAUGUGCAUGAAUAUAGACAUAUACAUGAAGUCAUACAUACAGAUAUGUACAUGCAAAAUUACCAUUUUGGACAAAGUUGUAUUGAGAUCAUGACCUAAUGUGAUUCUCUGCUGGUUUUUUUUUUUUUUUUUUUUUUGUUAGCAAUUUUAUAGAAUCUGACUAUUUAAAGGUAUGGGAAUUAAAAUAAGUUAUUUUGACAGGAACAGCGAAUGAGAAGCAACUAAGGCCAAGUGAAUUUGUGUGACAAUGAUUUUUAUGUUUUGAGUCAACCACAGAUAAUGAUUAGAAUUGUUGCUGUAAUCAUGUUCUUUUUGGCCACACACACACACACACGAGCACAUUGCAUUUGUGAUGCAAUAUUUCUGGCAACUUAACAUCUAUUAAAUUUUGUAAAGUAGCAGGAAGUGUGAGCUAGAGAAGUUGUAGGUUGGAAGUGGGGGAGUAUUUGUGUAACACAGGGGUUAAUGAGUUGCAGCAGACUGGAUGGCUGUGGUUUCUUAUGUGUUGAGCACCUGGUGUGGAUGGUGUGAAGAACAGAAUCAAUUAAACAGCUAAAGGUACAUGUAGAGACUAGUCCUCUUUUAAUGUUUUUGAUAGUUUGUUGGUUUUCUUGCUAUCUUUCUGUUUUGUAAUUUAAAUUAAUCUUGUUUGGGGUCUUUAGUGUGUAUUUUUGUAUUUUCCUGUAAUAUUAUUCUGUUUUUUUUCCACUGAAAAAAAGUGACUCUAAAAAGAAAGUUUCUGCUUGUUAAGCUCCAAAGGAAAGAAUCAGAAUAAAACAGAGUAGAUGGAAGGCAGGUGAAGGAAUGAGUGUUGACAUAAAGUAUAGAAAAAUGGUCAACGAAAAUGUUCUGCGGUGCAUUUUUAGGUAGUCUCGUAUCUUGAAAAUAUGCUUGACUAAAUAGCUGCAUGGUAUUGUAGCAUGCCUCACUGAUCUCACGCAAAAAGUUAUAGUAUUUAGUGCAUAUUUUGUUUUUGAAACAUUCAUCUAAGAAGAGCUAUUUUCUCGUGAAAUCAUGGAGCAGAAAGUAUGAUCUAUGACCUUUGAUUGGUAAAUGAUUAUUAUACCAAAACUGCUUUACUGCUUUACUGUUUUCAGUAGGUUUGUUAGCUGCAAUGUCAUGUGUCUAUUUUAUCCUAUUCUUUUUUACUCAUCUUGAGUUGUCUGUUCUUGUAAGUUAGAAGUCCAAGUUUUGGUAGCAGCAACAUUCUCAAUGAAGUGAAAAUAUUUGUGCCAACAAGAGCUGGCAGCAUUCUCUAAGGUUUAAAAUUGAUUCUACAAAUAAAUUUUAUACUGUCAUUAACUUAUUGUACUAUGAUGCUCAUUCAUAAACGGUUUGAUCGUUGCAAUGUAGCCUAAAUUGUAACAGCACCCAGAUUUUCUGGUGUAGGCAUUCUCACUGCACAGAUACAAAGGACUAGCUGAACAUUUGGAGAGAAAGAAUAUUCUGUUCCCAUAUUCUUAUUCUGCCAUUUUCAGUUGGUAGUGCAGUCUCCUCAUUGUCAACAUAUUACCUAAUUAGUCUUUAUUGCCAGUCAUGCAUAUAAUUUAUUUUAUCUGUUUAAUUUGGAUAUAGCUCACUCAUAUCCUAGCUAACCUGAAGCUUACCAUUUCGGCUGUUUCAGUUUGAUAUAUGCUGGAAAUUUCACGAAAAAUCUUGUUGAGAAAAGAGCUAGUGAUAGUGGGGAUUUUUUCCCCACAUGUUUUCCAUCAUGGUAUUUACAUUUAUAGCCUGGAUAAUCAUCUGCUGAAUGUUCUUAUCAUGAACCAUUGUGUAGAAAUGAAUGUUCCUAUUACUGUUGGUUGAUUGAACACAGGGUGCUAGAUUGUUAUAUACUUGGUUAUUUUUCAUUUUGUACAUGCAGUACAGUUUAUUUUAGGUAAGCAACUAUAUAAAUACUGUCAAAUGUCUUACGAUAUUAUGCUUCUGAAAAUAUUGUUGUCUGAGAGGUAACACUCAGUGUCUAUUGGAAAUUAUUCCAGCAACACAAAGACUGGAAACUUGCUACUUGCUGAUUACAUUUUUUCUAGGGUGCGGGGGAAGUUAAUACCUAGUUAUGUAUGUAUAUAUAGGGCAAACAGAGACACAAACAUUUUGCUGACACUGAUAGUUUUAGAAUAUGCCUUACCUUCCAGUAAAUACAGUUUUAAGACUGGUUAUGUAGCCUUCCCUUUGUUUUCAAAUUUGGUUUUAGAAAAGAAAGUAAAAGUAGAACUUAUUAUAUGAACUCAAAUGUGUUUCAGUUGAUGGUGCUAGUAUUCAGUGGUAUUGUCAAAUAAUUAAACACUGUUGGUGUCAUUGCCUGGCACACAUUCAAGUUCUUACUCACUUUCGACAUUUACGAAGACUCCUGAACAGAUGUGUAUAGGUGGAUUGCUGUCUGCCAAAACCAACGCUUAGCCUCUUGUGAAGUUCUCCGCUGUUAGUCUCGGCAAGCCUAAACAAUGAAUGUAACUAAACCGGAAGCUUUGUACACACCUGCCUCGCUUUAGUAAUUAAUAACUGGAAAAAAUCAUUUGCCAGCAGUCCACUAAUACAAGUUCGUGGUUUCUGCAUGCUUGCCUGUAGAGGUCACUAGUAGCAGUACACUGGCUGUGGCUUCAAGGUCCUCAGCACUGACAGGUGUGUGACGUUGGUCAAUUCAUUACACAACGCCAUGGCAACAUUUGAAGACCAUCUGAGCAAGCUUAUAAUGAUAUUGAUUAGGAUGUGGCAAUGUUAGCCAUUAAAAUGGCAUUUUUAAACGUUGAUAACUUUUUAAAGUGGCAGUUGUAAGUAAUUAUAGGUCUGACAAAGCUAAAAUACUCUUUGAGUAUUUUUUAACUUCUUCAGUUUCAGCAUGAAUGUAAGUACUGUUGUCUGUGAUUAGCCAACAUUUCACUGUAGAUCACGUGGGGACUGCAUUGCAUCAUGCUCUGUUAUUUGUUAUUUGUGUCCUGUUGUUUUGCAUGAAUAAACUGAACUGUAUGAAAAGAG